UUUACCAUCUUUUCUUGUGUUAUUAUCUUUGCUCGACAUCUGCAAAGUCCAAAGAACAUAUUUGAAUUAAAUCUCUAUCAUAUAAAAAUUAAGCAAAAAUAGAGACAUCAAAGAUUACGAAUACAAUGCUUGUAUAUAUAUAUAUAUAGUUUGGAAAAUCAGCCUUAUCUUUCUCAUAAAUGUUCACUUUCUUUUCAACAAAUUCAAUGAAAACUCCUGAUUCAGAAUAAUAAGAAUGAGUCAAGAUUCGACUCACGGUCAGGCAAACCCUCACGUGGAGCCUGAACACGUUAGUGUGCAUACGGUGCACACUGAGGCAUCCAGCUACGUACCUCAACAACAUCAGCCUCAGCCGGAACCUCAGCCAGUUCCGGAGCAGUUCGCGGGUCAGAACCCGAAUUUGGCCAUCCCGAUGUUCCAACCACACAUGGUUGCGAACAUGUUCCAAUUCUUCCAACAGAUGGCUGGAGCGCACGUACCACCACAACCUCCUGCAACCAUUGUUUCGAUUGAAAAACUCAAGAGGAAUGGGGCGCAGGAAUUCUGUGGCGACCAGAUAGCGGACCCUCAAAUAGCCAAGCGUUGGCAAGAACGCACGGUGAGGGUACUAGAGAACUUGAAGGUACCUGUCGAGGAUUGGGGACAGCACGCCAUAUCCCUAUUGCAAGAUGCCGCCUAUGACUGGUGGAAGCGAGUGGGUGCCAACAUUCCCGUGCCGGGGAAGCUGACUCUUCCCGAGUACCAUCAACAAUUUGACGGAUUGGCCGAGUUUGGUAAAGACUUGGUCAACACCAUGGAGAAGCGCUGCAAGAAAUUCAUCAAGGCUCUUGAGCUGAACGGGGAGCUCAUCAGGAAAGCUGCGUAUGAGCAGGCACUACUGGCAGAAAGUCGGACCGUCCAAUCGGGCCCGAAGAUGGGACAUGGUAGCAAGAGGACUUUCUCCGCACCGAGCAACUCCCGCCAUGAUAAGCGAGCAAAAUCUACUCCCUCUGCAUCUGUGGCUAUUACUAGUAAAAGCGGAAAAGAGAAAGUGACAUGUCGUAAUCCUAUAUGUUCACUCUGUGGCCGCAGGCAUGCUAGUGAGUGUUGGCUUACACAGGGUCUUUGCCUCGGGUGUGGUCAGUCAGGUCACUUUCGAAAGGAUUGCCCGACGAACCCAGGCGAGGUUUUCUUAACAGCACCAGGCACGCCGGGUGUUUCUACUGUCCGACGGGCCGAGCCUACCCAGAGUCAUCGUUCCACGGCCACGUCUAACCAACCGAAGAAACCAGCAGCCAGCCAGCAGCAAGGACGAACACCAGCUCGUACAUAUGCCAUGCAAGGGCGUACUGAUCCGCAGGCUAAUGAUGUCAUCAUGGGAAAGAUAUUCUUAGCCGAUCUCAUUGAACUUUCUCACAAGGAGUUUGACGUUAUACUUGGCAUGGACUGGUUGACAAAACACCAGGCUAUUGUCGAGUGCAAGGAACGAGUGGUGAAACUUCGUACAGACGAGAGUAACGAAGUGAUCAUUCGGGGAGAACUUCUGCCGAAAGCCCCGGAAUUCAUCUCUUAUAUGCAAGCAAAACGGCUUAUUCGCAGGAAAUGCGAAGCAUUCUUGUGCACCGUGAAGGAUAUGCAGAAGGAAACUCCUAACCAUAAGGACAUAUCUGUGGUUUGUGACUUUCCUGAUGUAUUUCCUGAAGAACUUCCUGGUCUGCCUCCUCCAAGGGAAGUAGAAUUCUCAAUUGAUCUUGUACCUGAGACUGUCACUCUAGAUGAGAAUCUUUCCUAUGAAGAGGAACCUGUAGAGAUUCUUGCACGAGAAGUUUGAGUAUUGAGGAAUAAAACUGUACCCUUAGU